ACAAACGAGUCUUGAUACUUUGAAAUUGUUGAUGUCUUUCUCAUAAACAACUCAUUUCCUUGCCCCUUUCAUCCAAGAUUUGAAAUGAAGCGGAGCGAGACGACUUCCAAGGCCAAACUUGAGAGAAAAACCAUCGAAAAGAAUCGAAGGAUUCGAAUGAAAGCCCUCGGUUUCAAGCUUGCUUCCGCCAUUCCUGAUCACCAUCUCACCCAACCAAAGGAAUUCUUGUCACAACUAGAUCAGAUAGAUGAAGCAGCUGCUUACAUCAAGAUUUUGAGAGAGAGAAUUGAAGCACUCAAUGGAAGAAAGGCACAGCUCAUGAAAUCCGGCAACAUUGCCAAAGCUGCUGGCGAAUCGGAGACGUUGCCAAUUCUUACUGUGAAAGAGUUAGGGUUUGGUGUGGAGGUGAUGCUGAUUAGUGGACUCAACAAGAAUUUCUCGCUAGGUCAAUUGAUCAGCAUCAUUGAACAGGAAGCUGCUGAAGUUGUCACUGUUAACAUCUCUCGUGCCGGCGACAACAUUGUCCACACUCUUCAUGCUCAGGUUAAGAUUUCUAGGGUUGGCGUGGACACUUUGAACAUAGGUAACAGGAUUCACGAGAUGAUUUCAACAAACUCGUUAAAUUUCUCGUAGGAAAGGAAGAUUGAGAAUCGAAGAAGGCCGGCCCUAUAUCGAUCUCUUCGAGCUUCCUCUAUUAAUUAAAUUAAUUAUACUAUAUGUUUAGUACAUUUACCUUGGGUCUAAUAUUUCCAAAUAUUCAUAACAGCUUGUUAUAUAUCCGUAUUGUAUAAUAAGUAGUACUACCAUUUUAUUUCCAUUUUAGUUCUUGUAAUAUU